AUGACAGACAUCGUACUCCCCAUCGAUCUCAUCGUCGAAAGUCUGAGAGGCACCCAAGCUCCCAUAGGCGUGACCGUUCACGUACCAAGCAAGCGGAUGCUAGCCCAGGCCGCCUUACCCGAGUACAAGAGCAAAGGGGGCAUAGCCAUGGGCCUCGGGGAUCACAUCAUGGCCACCUAUAGGCACAUCAAAGCCGAGCAUGAAGCCGGCCACCGUACCAAAGGUGCGUUGGAGAACGUCCUUGAUGGGAUGUGGAAGAAGAAGACGGAUACGAAGAGUUACAGUGACAGACUCCGAGAAGGGGAAAGGAAAGAGAGGGAGAAGAUGAAGACGGAUGCGAAGGAUUGUAGUGACAGAUCAAGGGAAGGCGAAAGGAGAGAGAGGGGGAAGAUACGAAAGAGCGAGCCAGAGAGAGUAAGGUGGGCCGAACGGUACCCUGAAAAGACACGGGGCGAUGAAUGGAAACCAACUGCUGCGGAAACAGAAGCUAGGGAGCCUCAUCGUCGUGAACAAGACGAGCGCCGACGUGAGUACGAGAAGCGACUUGAACACGAGCAUCGUGAGAAACGACGACAAGAGGAAGACAGGAAGGAAAACCGAAGCUCGCCGAUUCCUGAGAUCCGUUUGCGCGGGCUUCUCAGCCUCCUACUGCUCCGGAAUAUCCUCCUCCACCGGCUCCAAGACAGCCGAGCAGACCUAUCCGAGCCAAUACUCCUCCCAAUCGUACACCCCCAAUUGCUCCAGUAG